AUGUCCAACACACUCUCCCACGCCAAGAUCGUUCUCCGCCGCUCCAGCGAGCGCGGAUAUGCAGAGCACGGCGGCUGGCUCAAGUCCUUCCACACAUUCAGCUUCGCUGGCUACAUGGACCACCGCUUCGUGAACUUCGGAUCCCUCCGCGUCCUGAACGAAGAUCGCGUCGCCGCCCGGAACGGCUUCCCCACCCACCCCCACCGUGAUGCCGAGAUCUUCAGCUACAUUCUUAAUGGCGAGCUCACGCAUCGCGACAGCAUGAUUAAAAAGGGCGCCGAGGGCGAGCAGGGAAAGUCAUUUUACCGCAUGCAUCGCGGCGAUGUUCAAUUCACCACUGGUGGAACCGGUAUUGCGCACUCGGAAUUUAAUGAGUCCAAUAAGCCUGUUCAUUUCCUCCAGAUUUGGGCUUUGCCCUGGAAGAGCGGCCUCAAGCCUCAAUACCACACUAUGAGCUUUAGUGAGGAGGCGAAGAAGAAGGCCUUUGUUCCCAUCUUGUCGCCACUUGCGGCUGGUCCCGAGGCUACGCCUGCGGAAGAGGCGGCUGCUGUGCCGAAGAUUCCUGACACCAUUCCUAUCCACGCGGACUUUGUCAUGGGUGCUGGUAUCAUUGCUCCCGCUGAGACAUUUAAGUGGAAUGUCGGUGCGGGUGAAGCUGUUGAGUCUAAGAAGAAGCGGAACGUUUACAUUCAUGUGCCCAUGACCAAGCAGGGCAAGGCCAAGGUUAAGAUUAGUGGUCGUGAGGAUGCUGUGCUGGAGGAGGGAGAUGGUGCGUUUGUCACCUUGGUGAAUGCUGGAGACAUCCUCCAGGUUGAGAGUGUUGGAGAGGUUGAAGCGGAGGUGAUUGUGCUGGACAGCAACUAG